CAGACGGUUUAUCUACCCUGCUGAUGUCAGUAGUCUGUGUGAAAAAGAAAGUGUGAAGGAGGAGGGAAAAAAAAAGCAGAGUGAAUGAUCGUAGCUUUGGGUAGAGCCUCGGCUAGUUACGCUGUAGUCUCACCUCUGUGGCAGAGGAUACUGUUACCUGUAGUAGACAAUAGAAAUCCACUGGAGUUGAUGAGAUGAUUGUAGCUGGUCAGCAGAACAUGCGUGGACUGGUUUGUUCAAUGGAUCUAGAGAUGGAAUUGGCUGAAACUGAUGAAGUUGUGGGGGAUGCCCGGGGCCAACAGGUGGCAGAGCGCCUCGGUCUGGGACACAACCUGGACCUGUCGGACACCAUGGUCCAACAGAAGCUGGAAGAGAUCAAGGAGCAGAUCCGCCGUGAGAUCCGCAAGGAACUAAAGAUCAAAGAAGGUGCAGAGAACCUGCGAAAGGUCACCACAGAUAAAAAGAGCCUGGCUUACGUUGACAACAUGCUGAAAAAAUCUAACAAGAAGGUCGAGGAGCUUCAUCAGGAGCUGCAAGAACUUAACGCCCACAUUGUGGUCAAAGACCCUGAAGAAGUGCUAGAAUGCCCUUUGACACCAGGUACUCCUAACAGUGAAGCGAGAAUGUGCACCAGCAGCAGCCGGCUGGCGGCCCUAAAACGGCAGAUUGACAUUGAGCUCAAGGUCAAACAGGGCGCAGAGAACAUGAUUCAGAUGUACUCCAACGGGUCCUCCAAGGAUCGUAAGUUGCUAGCAACCGCCCAGCAGAUGCUUCAGGACAGCAAAACAAAGAUUGAGUUCAUCAGGAUGCAGAUCCUCAAGGCCAGCCAGGCCAGUGAGCUGAGCUUUGAGAACAAUGAUGUGAUGGAAAAGCCCAUCAUCAGCCCUUUAGACCUGCGGGUGGAGGAGCUGUGUCACCACGCCAAGAUAGAGGCUGCAGUAGCCGAGGGAGCCAAGAACGUCAUGAAACUUCUGGGCUCUGGAAAAGUCACAGAAAAGAGGGCACAUUCAGAGGCCCAGGCGCGUUUCAAUGAGUCCAGUCAAAAGCUCGACCUCUUGCGAUAUUCCUUGGAGCAGCGCCUCGCCGAGUUGCCUAAAAACCAUCCUCGCAGCAACAGCAUCAUAGAAGAGCUGUCCCUGCUGUCGUCACCAGCCCUAAGUCCCAGAUCCAGUAUCAUCUCCACACAGAACCAGUACAGCACCGUGACCAAGCCUGCAGCACUCACAGGCACGCUAGACGUCAGGCUAAUGGGCUGUCAGGACCUUCUGGAAAAUGUCCCAGGUCGUUCUAAAGCUGCGUCUGUUCCGCUGCCUGGCUGGAGCCCCAGCGAGACACGCUCGUCCUUCAUCAGCCGAGCAAACCGAAACCGCGGUGUGAGCUCAAGGAACCUAACAAAGAGCGAGGAGCUCUCCAAUGAGAUCAGUGCAGUGUUGAAACUGGACAACACAGUGGUAGGACAGACGAGCUGGAAGCCGGUCAGCAACCAGGCCUGGGACCAAAAAUUUACAUUGGAGCUGGACCGGUCCCGGGAGCUGGAGAUUGCUGUGUACUGGCGGGACUGGCGUUCACUCUGUGCUGUCAAGUUCCUGCGGCUGGAGGACUUCCUGGAUAACCAGCGUCAUGGAAUGUGUCUGUACCUGGAGCCACAGGGGAUGCUCUUUGCUGAGGUAACAUUUUUCAACCCUGUCAUAGAGAGACGACCAAAGUUGCAAAGACAAAAGAAGAUUUUCUCCAAACAGCAAGGUAAGACCUUCCUGCGAGCCCCUCAGAUGAACAUAAACAUCGCCACCUGGGGCCGUCUGGUAAGAAGAGCCAUACCAACCGUCAGCACAAACUCCUUCAGCCCGCACGCGGCUGAGACUGGACCCAGCAGCCUGCCUGGUUCACCCACACCCAGCAGCGACCCACUGGUGACCAAGCUGGACUUUGACAAAGAGCCCACUCCGGGGCCCAAACGCUACCCGACACCUGAUGACAUCCGAGAACCACAAGUGCAUCACAGGGUUCCCGACAAGGAGGAAGAACAGGACGCACUUGCCUCAUUUGACUUCCUUAACAAGAGAAACAGCACGGUGCUGAAGCCGGAUAUGGAUGGAGUAGUCCACCAUGAGCUCCAACAUCCAGACCUGGAGCUCACAGCCAUUCAGAAAGACACAGAGAUAAGGGAAGAAGAGCCAUUCCACUUCAGUCUCCAAGACUUCAAAUGUGUGGCAGUCCUUGGACGCGGUCACUUUGGAAAGGUGCUCUUAGCAGAAUACAAAAUCACUGGAGAGAUGUUUGCCAUCAAAGCGCUGAAAAAAGGAGACAUUGUGGCUCGCGAUGAGGUCGACAGUCUGAUGUGUGAGAAGAGGAUCUUUGAAACGGUGAACAGCGUCCGCCACCCGUUCCUGGUCAACCUGUUUGCGUGUUUUCAGACACAGGAGCACGUUUGCUUUGUGAUGGAGUACGCGGCGGGAGGCGACCUGAUGAUGCACAUCCACGCCGAUGUUUUCUCUGAGCCCAGGGCCGUAUUUUAUGCGGCCUGCGUUGUUUUGGGAUUACAGUUUUUACAUGACCAUAAGAUUGUGUACAGAGAUUUGAAGCUGGAUAACCUGCUCCUGGAUACAGAGGGCUAUGUAAAGAUUGCUGACUUUGGGCUUUGCAAAGAAGGAAUGGGUUUCAGGGAUCGCACCAGCACGUUUUGUGGCACGCCGGAGUUUUUAGCUCCGGAGGUUUUAACUGAAACGUCGUACACCCGUGCCGUGGACUGGUGGGGGCUGGGCGUUCUCAUCUUUGAGAUGCUGGUUGGAGAGUCGCCCUUCCCCGGCGAUGAUGAGGAGGAGGUGUUUGACAGCAUUGUCAAUGAUGAAGUCCGCUAUCCACGGUUCCUCUCAACUGAGGCCAUCUCCAUCAUGAGAAGGCUUCUGAGAAGGAGCCCAGAAAGACGUCUGGGAGCAGGAGAAAGGGAUGCAGAGGAGGUUAAGAAACAUCUCUUCUUCAGGACCAUAGAUUGGACCGCGCUUUUGGCCAAGAAGGUGAAGCCGCCCUUCGUGCCGACCAUCCAGGGCAACAAUGAUGUCAGCAACUUUGAUGAUGAAUUUACCUCAGAGGCUCCGAUCUUAACCCCACCCAGGGAACCCCGAGUGCUGAGCUCCGAGGAGCAGAACCUGUUCUCUGACUUCGAUUACAUCGCUGACUGGUGUUAAUUUCACCUGAAUACCUUCCAAACACACACUCAUACAUAUACACACACACACACACACUGUGAACCAGCAAGCACAGCAAUGACUGUAGCUUUUUUUUUCUUUUCUUUUUUUAAAACAACAACAAAAAAGAAACACUCUCCUCUUCCUUGCCCAACAUGUUUGGGGAGGAGCAACAGGCGUGGCUCCCUGAGCUUUCGGGCAGAACUCUGUGCCAUUGAGAAGAAAGUCCAGAUGCCUCCUGAGGACCCACUUUUUUUUUUUUUUAACCUACAUGAAGAACAUUGUUUUCUUUUUUUUUUUUUUAAGGAGGAAAUAAAAAAGAAUAAAUUCUAUUGUUGGAGAGUGAAGGAGGAGGGACGUCCUCCUGUACAGACUGCCAUCGUGUCCGUUGUCUGACCACUGAGAAUGUUUUCCAUAUGAACUCUGAGAAAACGGCAACUUCACAAUCGUGUUAUUUAGCGUCACUGUUUUCGGCUUUUUUUUUUUUUUAAUCUGUACAGAUUAUAUACAGUCGUAUAUUUUAUUGUUUUUUUUUUCGUUAGUCUCGAAGCCCUCGCCAUACCUUAUCUCACUGUAAAGUUCUGCAGCAAUCAUGUCUGAAAGUGGCGUUCAUUGAAUUUGAAGUGCUUAAAGCAUCGUCACUGAAUAGUCAACAUCUAAACAUCUUGACUACUACUACUACUGCUUCUUGACUUGAAAACCAAGUAAGAGUAUUCACUACGUAUUCUUUCGGGUCUAGUGGUCCAGUCUUUUGUCUGCAGUCUAGUUUACCACCUUCUCCCUCUCUGUGUGUUCACCUAGAGCUUCUAUGUCUGUGUUAGCGACCUCAUUUUCUGAUACUAAACUUGCUUCAUGCAGCCUUACACACCACCUACCCUGGUAAAUGAAUUGCUGUUUAUUUGGAACUGAGCUCAUUAAAAAGCCUUACGGCUUUAAAAAUGAUGAAAGACACUAAAAUUAUCUUCUGUCUGAUGCAUUCUAGUGGCUCUGGAGCUUUUGGUUCAUAUUCACUUGAACUCAGUUAUAAAGCUAAUACAGUAUCUGAGUAUCAUGAUCAAACCAUAAAAUUACACGAACUUUGCUCUUUGAUUUGAACAACCAUUCGUGUUGGACCGGACUUUCUUUUCUUACCUCAGUAAAAACACUAAAGCGACUCGCCCAGCUACAGCUACAAAAACCAAACUCAUCCUGUCCUCCUUGGAGUGGCGGAGGAACGGCUCUCCGUAGUUUAAACAAUCUGACAGAGUUUACAUAAAGGCAGAUUUAGCGAGAGGGGAGGGGGGGUUGCGCAGAAAUCUGUGUCGAGCUGUUGCUUUAGAAAGGAGAGGCUACAAAGCUCAAAGUAACUUCAGGUCUCCAUCAAAACGCCAGUUAAACGCUUCCUGGUCAGGUUACGUUUUGUAGCUGGCACAGUGGGCGCAGCACAGUCUGUGUGCAUGUUCUGUAUAAACUGACUCAAAUGUUGCAGACCUGUUUAUGAAUCACUACAGAGGAGGGCAGGGUAUAUUUUAUAUAAAUAUAUAUACAUACUGUAUGUACACAAUUAAGCUGAAAGCACUAAUUUUAUCAAUAGUUUAAUUAUCAACAUUUCCUAAUGAAAAUAGAUUGUACAAAGUGUUUUUUUUAUUCUUUGCUUGUGCAUGUUGUUGCCAGAACAGAUGAACUUUAUGGAUGGUACACCCAAUUACAACAGUCGCUCUUCAUCCUCCGGUGUUUAAAAAAAAAAAAAAAUCAGGUAUUGUUGCAGUUAUUGUUUGUUGCCCAUCAUGAAUGCACAAAUUAAACAUUUGUAACAGUGA